UUGUGCGAAAUUCUAUUACCAAGUAAUCAACCGACGCUAUCGAAAACUUAUUUGGAAGCAAUUCAACGUGCCUUACGUAUGCCACAAUGUCGGCUGAUUCCAUUUUUCGGAAUUUUCCUUCGAGAUCUUUAUGCUAUUGUUAAUGAUGUACCAAAUGUGGUUGUGAUUGGUCAUCAAGAUGAAGAUCAGAAAUUAGAAUUCACUUAUGAUUCAAAUGGAGAGGAUCAUUUUUCAUCGAAAAUUGGCGUUGGUGGCCUGCUCAAUGUCGACAAAAUUAAUCUUAUUGCUGUUGUGCUUGAUAAUCUUGAACUAUUUCAUCGCCAUAAUCAAAUUCUUUCAAAAUAUAUCGAUGAGCAAAAUUGUUCGCCAAAUGCAUCAAAAGACCAGAAAGAAAUUAAAGGUUACGAACCAGUUCAGCCGAUAUUCGAUGCAACUCGAGGAGUAACUCUUAUUCCUUUGACUACAAUGAAUUUUGAUCUGGAUACUAUCCAAAGAUUGCACCAUGGAACUACUGUUAUUCGUUACGAUCCUGAUUCAGGUCGCAGUGUAAUUUGCCUGCUAAGACUGGAUUCCAGUUGCAGUUUUAUAUCAUGGUAUAAAGUUGGAUACAUAAGUAACAAUAAAGAAGGAAAAGAGAAGGUCUCAUAUCAUUAA